GUGAGUAGAAACUUCAGACAGCGAGAGGAGAGCAACAGUGAACCAUCAUAAAGGCAGACCUAACUCAGGUGGCACCAAACCAACCAGACAAUGAAAACGCAAGCGAUAACAAUCGCAGUCCUCGCCCUACUCCUGGGGGCACAGGCUGGACUUAUCAAACCACCUCCUGGAUCAGCAGCAGAACUUAUCAAACCAGAACCCGGCAAAGAUGGCGAACUUCUGAAACCUGCUCCAGGGUUAGAAGGUGAACUUCUCAAACCAGCUCCAGGGGCAGGAGGCAGUCUAUCGAAACCCGCACCUGGAACAGGUGGUUCUCUGAUAAAACCGGCUCCAGGGUCAGAAGGUGAACUUAUCAAACCAGCUCCAGGGGCAGGAGGCAGUCUAUCGAAACCCGCACCUGGAACAGGUGGUUCUCUGAUAAAACCGGCUCCAGGGUCAGAAGGUGAACUUAUCAAACCAGCUCCAGGGGCAGGAGGCAGUCUAUCGAAACCCGCACCUGGAACAGGUGGUUCUCUGAUAAAACCGGCUCCAGGGUCAGAAGGUGAACUUAUCAAACCAGCUCCAGGGGCAGGAGGCAGUCUAUCGAAACCCGCACCUGGAACAGGUGGUUCUCUGAUAAAACCGGCUCCAGGGUCAGAAGGUGAACUUAUCAAACCAGCUCCAGGGGCAGGAGGCAGUCUAUCGAAACCCGCACCUGGAACAGGUGGUUCUCUGAUAAAACCGGCUCCAGGGUCAGAAGGUGAACUUAUCAAACCAGCUCCGGGAACCGGCGGUGCACUUACUAAACCAGCUCCGGGGUCAGAAGGUGGACUUAUUAAACCAGCUCCAGGACAAGAUGAAGAGCUUAUCAAACCACUCCCAGGCACUGGCGGAGAACUCAUCAAACCUCUUCCAGGCACUGGUGGAGAACUCAUCAAACCACUCCCAGGCACAGGCGGUGAACUGAUUAAGCCACUUCCAGGCACCGGCGGAGAACUCAUUAAACCACUUCCCCUCGAUCCACUUCCAGGUGGUGAUCUCGUCAAACCUCAACCACUUCCAGAGACAGGUGAUGAACUAACGAAACCAUCUCCCGGAAAUGGAGGCUCACUUGUCAAACCAGCCCCUGGGACAGGCGGCGGACUAAUAAAACCGGCCCCAGGAACUGGAGGUUCCCUUAUUAAACCGGCUCCCGGAGGUGACGGUUCCCUUAUCAAACCAGCUCCGGGAAGUGAUGAUGACGUUGAACUCACCAGACCGCUUCCACCAACAAACAGUGAUCUUACGAAACCGGCUCCGGAGACCAGGAUAGUGCUGCCACAUCUCGUUUUGAGUCCUGAACUCGAAUACGCGCUGCAGAAUGCCCAGAUCUUCAUCUCCUCCAGAAUCCUGAAGGCAUCAAAGAACCGCUUGAUUCCCACAGAAACAGACCUCGCCCUAGAUGACAUUUACCUCACAAUCGAUGACGACAUAUCAGUACAGCUUUCCGACCUGAGGCUGGUCAACGUACCACAUAUCGAUGUGACAGCAGUGAAACCUAACCUCGAAUUCUUGAACCUGGCUCUAGACGUCGACCUUGGGACACUACAAGUUGGAGGCAAAUUCGAAGUUACCAGCAAGAACGUCUUUUCCGAUAUUCCGGUGUUCAGCUCCGGGGAAAUCAUCCUGAGAAACUCAGAUGUCAAGGCUAUUGGCAAAGUGGGUUUGUCAAUUGACGGAGACUACUUCAAGACAAUCAACUACGACAUCCUGUAUGAAGGAACUGGAGCAUAUCUUUCGGUUAGCUACAAGAAGGACGAAAAGCGUGUUGUUAGUGGCUUGGAUGUGGGUGAUCAAGAAGCGAAAGUUGUAGAACACAUCAACAAACAUCUACAGAAAGUCCUGAACAGUCUUUUGAAGAAUCAAAUUGAAAACAUUCUCGGUGGAAUACCUGUUGAUAACUUGAUCGGAGAAAGCAAAGCAGCACAGACUUACAGGGGGCACGCAAGGGCCCUUCGAGCUGUCGCAAAUGAGUACGUGGACGCAGUCCUUGGCGAGGUGCACAGUUACAUAGAGGACAAUCAGCUGACAGAACUAGCUAUUCCUGACAUAGAAGCAUCAUUCUCAAAGGAGAUCCUAUGGAUUACGUGGCACGGACGUUUCGGGACAAGCCAGGGUGGAGCCAAAGACUUGGGUUCAGUCACAAGGACAGGAGACAUCAGUCUGGAUUUCGAUAGCACCACCGGAGCUAUCACAGUGUUCGGAAACCUUGGGCUCUCCGAGUUGGACGUGAAAUAUAACAAGUACGAAGCACAGUUCAUGGGCGUAGGACCGAGUGGUACUGUGGGCGUCCACAUCGGACAGAAUUCCGUGUUCCUGAAGGUUAGCCUGCUCUUGGCUAUCGAACCAGUCAUUUCUCUCCAGGAUUUCCACAUCGAGUACGCCAAGGACAUCAGCAUCGAAGUGACUGGACUCGGUGUCCUUGACUGGCUAGUGUCCAACAUCGCCACUUGGGUCGUCAGCUUGUUCAACGACCAAAUAGUCGGCUCCGUGGACAGCCACCUGCAAGAUUACGUCAGCAGUAUCCUGCCAACUGUCGAUCCUUACAGAUACUUCUCAUAGACAUGUGAAGAAAUAUAACACUACGGUCCUGUAUUAUAUAAAGUAUUAUGUAGUUUAAUUCUUAAUUGGUUAUUAAUGUAAAUAUAACAUUCUAAUGGGAAAUAAAUAUUAGAUUCUGCAAUUA